CAGUGACGGCGUCGCCAUGGAGCCAAGGGCGGGUAUCUCUAAACAGGACAUUCGUGUGCAAAUUUGGGACUACAUGGAAUCUCAAAAUUUAGCUGACUUUCCCCGACCUGUCCAUCACAGGAUUCCCAACUUUAAGGUACUAAGGCAGCCCUGGAGUACUUCAAAGGAAAACAGGAUAUUCCUAAAUGAACAACUUCAGUUCAUACGGUUCCCUCCUGCUUCAUAGUGGAUUACAAUGCUGUGAACAGUGAGCAGUGGUGUGUGCUUCAAACCUGGCCAGGGCACCCUUAGCCAUUAGAGACAUCCCUCGCUGAGUUACUCACCCUUCGUUCCAACCUCCUACUUCUUGGUGCUGGGCAAGAAGCUCAUGUCCUCCCAGGAAAGUAGUGCUCAGGCCACUGUUUUCUGUUUGAUACAAAGUCAAGUAUUUAUCCUUGCUGGAAGCAGGCCUUUCACCAUAUUGGCCUCCCUGUAGUCCAAUGUGGAGUGAUCAUGCUCUGAGAGGGAAGCCCCACUGUGGCGUCUCCAGAAGGGGAUGAGCACCUGCCGGUCUCUGCCCACUCUGGGCCUCAGUUGCCCAGCUGCUCAAAGGCAAGAUGAGCAAGGAUGCCUGUUUAUAAGACUGUUGACAGAGAAAGACUUGCCUGAAGCAGACAGUGUCACAGUUUAUAAUCUUCAGCUUGCAGGUUUUCUGAGAGAAGGAGAAGAAGAAAGCCCUUUUCCAAAUGCGCCUUUGGCCACUUGUUACCCAUCCUCGGGCUUGACUGGGCUUUCCCUGCACUGCAACCCCCAGCCCUUCUCUGCUUCUCCACUGAGCCAGUCUCGAGGUCGUCCUGGUCCCUUUGAAAAGCUCUCCUUUAAGGAGAGGAGCAUGAAAUACAGGGAGAAAGAUGAGGAACGUGCAGAAUCAUGGAGGGCGGGCAGGGUUCCCAGGCUGUGCUUUUUCUUGAUUUCAGUGCUCUGCUCACUUUGUGGAAAUUCAUCAAAUUCUGUAUUUAACACUUUGUUCUUUUUGGAAUAUAGGUUUUGUUUCAGCAAACACUAAACUGGGGCUAGGCCACGUUUUUCAAUUCCCUGUCUACCCUGACAAUGUUCUCAGGGUGCCCCUCGUGCUGCCGAGCACCUCCUGCGCUUGCAGGCCUUCCAAAUGGCCAGAACUAUUAAAGUAAAUCCUGAUGCUCCCCAGAAAAACGCCCGCUUCUUCGUCCUUGAAAGUAAAAAAACGUUGUUGGUUCCAACGCCACGACUGAGAACGGGGCUGUUUAAUAAGAUCACACCACCCCCUGGGGCGAGUAAAGACACCUUGAGAAAAUGUGCCACCUCCCAGGGUGUGAGGAACCACAGCGUUCCCGUGGGCUUGGACUCCACGGCCCUCGUGGAGCUGGUGGUGGUGGGAUCCGUUGCUGUUUCUGAGAAAGGCUGGAGAAUCGGGAAGGGAGAAGGUUAUGCUGAUCUCGAAUAUGCCAUGAUGGUGUCCAUGGGAGCUGUCCGCAAGGAGACACCAGUGGUCACCAUUGUCCACGACUGCCAGGUCAUGGACAUUCCUGAUGAGCUCCUGGAGAGUCAUGACCUCACGGUGGACUACAUCCUCACUCCAACCAGGGUCAUCACCACUGGCUGUGAGCGCCCAAAGCCAACAGGGAUCACCUGGUCCAAGAUCAACUGUGAGAUGAUGGAGAAAAUCCCUGUACUGAGGAGGCUGCGUGAACGAGAGAAGCGGGCUGGGAAGGACGUCACCCUUCAGGAUGAGCUCUGGAACCUUGUGGAACCCGGCAGCCACCAGAGAGCUCUUCCAAGAAGACCACCAGACGGGCCUGGGCCAGAAGCAGGUGCUGUGGGAGCAGCCCGUGGCUCCCUGCAGGGGGACGGUGCCCCACUCACAGCUGAUGUCUAUGUCGGGAACCUGCCCCGGGAUGCCCGAGUGAGUGAUCUGAAGAGGGAGCUCCGAGAACUCGGGGUAGCCCCACUGUGGCUCACCUGGCAGGGAACACAGCGCAGGGCCUUCCUCCACUACCAGGACCCAGCCACGGCCCAGCAAGCCCUGUCCUGCCUGCAGGCCCUGCACCUGGGCACUGACACUUUGAGGGUGGCGCUGGCCAGGCAGCAAAGGGACAAGUGACGUGCAGGACAGCCACGGGUAGAGAGCUGUGCUGUGCAGAUACCCUCACCACCACCGCCAGGUGACGUGUAGCAACCUGUCAGUCUGGUCCCCAUGGAGCAAGAGGCCAAGCUGCUCCUUCCCAGGAAGUCACAGCACAGUGAAGGCCACGCUGUCCCGGGAGGAGGAGGCUGACUGUGGUCUAUAACACCUGGGAGGCCACAAAUCCCUACUCGGUCAGGUUCUGGCUCCUUUGGGUCCUUGAGCCUGUCUGUGUUUCUCUGGAGGGCAGAGCAGUCUGAGGACCGAGGGGCUGAGUGCAGAGAGCAAGUGACAGUAGACGGUGAUGGGGGUUCGGGUCUGAGGGGGGUUAAGAGGAGAAGGCGGAGGAAGAAUCCCGCCCCAGAGAGCCCUGGCAGUUACCACAGGCAGGGCCCAGAAAAGCGCCUUGUGCUCGGGGCCUGCUGGCAUAGCCGAAGGGAACGUGCAUUCCAGACUGCACAAGCCCAGCCCAGUUGUGCACACAGAGCGCUUGGCACAGCCUGGCCUUCUCAUUAAGAACCGCCGGGAUGAGGGCCUAUGGUGGACACAACCCUCCCUGCUGCGUGGCAUCCCCAGCACCCUGGCCUCCGUGGACAGCGUCAUCCUUUGGGUCGAGGCUGCUUGUCCCGGGGAUGGGACGAGCUCUGGGGACCAGCUUUGUCCCAGAUGGCCUUGUGUGCAGAUAUGCACAUGCUCACGUGCCGGUCGCUGUCUGUUUUUUGGGUCUUUCCCUCCAAAUGCUCUGUUUCUAAAAAGCCAGCUGGAUUUGGGCUAAACUACCCUUUCCAACAGAAGUGCUUUUGCAGUUGAUCCUGGGCAGAAAGUCAAAAUAAGCCUUAAGUGGAGAUUUUACUUUUCUCUAAUGUAUAUGCGUUGGAAAGUCUUACAUUUUAGCCAGAGGGUUUUACCGAGUAUAUUUUAAGCAUGUCAUUAUGCCUCAAGAGGGCAGGCCUCGGAUGACUUUAUAGAAAAUAUUCUCAGGACACUCAGCCUUCUCUUUGAAAGGGCGUUUUCUCUCUGCUGUAUAAUGAAAAUACUGUGGAGACUUCGGAAAGAAAAUCUGGUCUCAGACAGAUGUGCUUACUUAAUAGAUUUCUGUUCCAAGUUGCCGUGAACAAAACGAGGGGACAGAAACCUGGCCCCUGCCCCUGGGCCCUCCACUUGGCCUGACCCGUCGCCUCUACAGCAGGGCUGGUGUCAUUUGUCACUUGGGGCUCAGCUCAAGGUCGGAGGCCAACUCCGGCUCUGGCGCGGGCCGGUUGCCCUUCCCUCCUCACCGGGUUUUCUCUAUUUUUUCCAUCUUGCGUUUGUAUCAUUCUUCCAUUUGCUUUGUAUUUACUUUUUGAUUGUUAACUUGCCACCAUCAGGCCAGCAGCCCCAGGAGAGCAGCUGGGCAGCCCCUGGCAGACAGUGGGCAGUGCCCUGACAACGGGGCUUUCUGUGCAAGGGUCUGUUGGAGCUAAGAGACGGAGAAGCUGGAUCCCGGUCCCGCCAUUAGAACUCCUGCGUCCCGCCAUGCCUGACGUGAGCUCAGCCCUCAGACUGUGGAGUUACACCAGUCAGUAAAUGACUUAGGUUUUCUGUCUCCUAUAGCCAGAAUAAUCCAGAUAUAUUGACAUACAGAUAAUCUGAAAUAGUUGAUCAUUUUUAUAUUUGUAGAAAAUAAAAACUAAAAUUCAAGUGUCUGAACAAUAAACACCCCAAAUGUAUCAGCCGGCCUGCCUUCUACUGCCCCAUCCUGGCUCAGGGAGGCUUGUGAGGGAGGCUUCUCAAGACUGCCGUGGAGAGUAUGAGUGGGCAGGCCAGUGCACUGUGACCCAGCGU